AUGAGAAAGAUAGAGGAGGUAACAAGAUAUCAGGUGACAUUCGCUAAACGUAGAAGCAGCCUCAUUAGAAAAGCUAAUGAAAUCUCUGUUUUCUGCGACGUUGAUGUUGCACUCGUCGCCUUCUCCCCCUCUGGCAGGUGGAAAUUACAGAAGCUGAAGCAGCUGGACUACAUCAAGGAAGAUGAAAACAAGCUGCUUCAUCUCGAUAAUCAGGACUAUGAGGUGGAGAAUGAGGAGGAUGCUUCACUUGCUCAAAUCUUGUGGUGUGAGAAAAACCUGAAAAAUACUCUAGAAGAAAUCAAGGAUAGGAAAAGAAGGCUUAAUGAGGCGUAUCCAUCAGUCGGGCAAAUAAGGGUAAAGGUAUGGAUUAUUGAAGACAGCAAGCAAGCUAGACCACAAGGACAAAUACCAUUUGCAUACAGCUUUACUGGGAAUCAAAUGCUGAACCGAGCAAGGCAAAACCUAAGUUCAAGUAGUCCAUUUCUAAUGCAACAUGAUCCUAGGACUUGGCCCUACAGGGUUCAUAAUGGUCUACUACACCCUCUACAUCAACCUAGAGGGAUAUCAGUCCGAGUACCUGGUGCAUCUAGCAGCUUUGCAUUCAACCCUUUGGCUGAUGGUUUCCCUGCCACUUACCAUCCUGGAUACUCUACUUUUACUCACCAAAUUCAAAUCCCACCUACUUACCCUCCAUUCCAGUCUCGAGCUUUUUAUUGGGAUCAGACUGCUCCUAGUAUUCAAAAUUUGCAGUUAGGGGUAUUUAGAAACUCAUCCAUGCAUCAACCAAUCAUGGGGAAUCCUCCUAUACCUUUUGUUCCCUAUCAGACACUGGGAGCUUUAGGAACCUCAAAUCUGUACCAACCAAUAAUGCCUGGUAUCGUGGAUCAGCAGCUGGGAAUGCUAGGAAGCUCAUCUGUGCAGCAGCUGAUGAGAGAGGAUCACAUAACACCUGGUAUUCUUAAUCAACAACCAGGAGUUUUAGGUGACUCAUUUCUGGAUCAAUCUUUGAUGGGAAACAGCAUGACACCUAAUGUUCAACUCCAGGCCCAGCAGCCUCGAGUUUUAGGCAGCACAUCUGUGCAGAACAGUUCCAAUACUCAGAAUGAUCCGUCACUGCCACCCAUGUCUCAGCUUCAAGUCGAUCCAAAUGAAGUGAACUUGUUAUGCAGCCAUGGUUAUACAACUACUCAGAAUUUGGAUGUUCCACCUCCUUUGAACACUGAGAGGGUUUCCUCUGAACCAUUCUUCACCAAUAAUAUUGGAUCCAUCACCACCCCCACCCAUAGAGAUGGUGACAAUACAAACAACGGCAUCAGUGGUGGUAAUAGCAACAGCAACAUUGACAACAGCAGCACCAAUUAUGGUAACAACACCAUUGGCUACUGUGACACAAAUGAGAAACAUCCGGCAGGCUCUACUCAAGAGAAUCCACCUCCAGAGUCCCCAACAGACUCGAUCUUUCUCAGUAGCCUUUUGGAUGAGGCUGCAAUGGCAAAUGACACACCAAAAACUGCAGGAAACCAGGAGGAUGGCUCCAUGGAAUGGGAUGGCUUUACAUUGGCGGAAAACUUGAACUUGGAAGACCUUGAUAUAAUAUUUUGA